AUGGCGCUGGCGAACACAAGACCAACGCUUUUUCCAACUCAGCAGCCUUCAAUCGUCCAUGGAACGACUGAAGCCCCUCUACUUGACUUUACGCUUGGAGAGCUACUGGACUUCCAAUGCCGACGAUAUUCAAGAAGGGAGUGUCUGAUCGUGCCGUGGACAGGCGCAAGAUGGACAUACGAUCACCUUCGUCAGGAGAGCAUUCGCCUAGCCAAGGCGUUGCUUGGACGCGGCAUUCGUCCUGGUGACAGAAUCGGCAUCAUGGCUGGAAACUGCGAGCAAUAUGUGUCAGUGUUCUUUGCAGCCAUGCGAAUAGGUUGCAUUCUGGUGAUUCUCAACAACACUUACACGUCUUCCGAAGCCCAAUACGCGCUGAAGUUCACUGAAUGUAAGAUGCUUUUUACAACACCUCGAAUCGGACACCACAACAACAAGCCUCUGCUAGACUCGCUUCUGCAGACCCCAGGCACGGUCGAAGAGGUCGUUAUCCUUCGCGGCCAAGCAGGACAAUUUGCUCCCUACGCCCGGCUGGUAGAGGAUGGUCAUUCCCAGCCAGACGAGCCACUAGCUGCGUGCGCCGGUAGAUUCGAUUGCCAUGAUGUUUGCAAUCUGCAAUUUACAAGUGGAACGACGGGAAAUCCGAAAGCCGCCAUGCUAAGUCACCACUCCUUGGUCAACAACAGUAGAUUCAUAGGUGAUCGGAUGGCGUUCACCGAAGAUGAUGUGUUAUGCUGUCCGCCGCCGUUGUUUCAUUGUUUCGGUCUAGUGCUCGGGCUGUUGGCUAUCAUAACGCAUGGCGGCAAAGUGGUGUAUCCCACGGAGACCUUUGAUGCUGCUGCUUGCUUGAGAGCGAUAUCCGAAGAACAAUGCACUGCUCUCCAUGGAGUUCCAGCAAUGUUUGACUCAAUAUUCAGCCUCCCUCGGCCCGAUGACUUUGACUGCUAUCGUCUCAGGACUGGUAUCAUUGCCGGAGCUCCUGUCCCUCGACACCUGAUGGAACUAUUAGUCAAUGACCUUGGAAUGACCGAGUUUACGAGUAGUUUGACUGAGGCAUCUCCGACUUGCUUCAAUGCAAGGCAUGACGACCCUAUUGACCUUAAACUGGCCACAGUUGGCCAGGUCAUGCCACACGCACAUGCGAAAAUCGUGGACAGACAUGGUAAUACCCUGCCAAUUGGUGAGCGAGGGGAGUUAUGCAUUGCUGGGUAUCAGCUGCAGCGUGGAUACUGGAAGAAUCCCGAGAAAACAGCCGAAGUGAUGGUUCGCGAUGAAGAAGGUGUGUUGUGGUUACAUACAGGUGACGAAGCUGUCUUCCAUGAGGACAAGACCUGCACAAUCACUGGGAGGUUCAAAGACAUCAUUAUUCGAGGCGGCGAGAACAUCUACCCACUUGAAGUUGAGGAGAGACUGGUGGAACAUGCUGCUAUUGAAAGAGCAAUUGUUGUCGGAGUUAAACAUCAUCGCUUGGGAGAAGUGGUAGCUGCAUUUCUGCAGAGUGCGCCGGGGAAGUCUGGAGGUACACAGCCAGCCCUCAGUGAUAACGAGGUGCGCGGAUGGGUGAGGGUGAGAUUAGGGAGGCACAAGGCGCCGGAACAUGUCUUCUGGCUUGGAAGGGACGGCAUACCGACUACCCUGCCCCUGACGGGCAGUGGAAAGGUCAGAAAGUUCGAGCUUGCCAGAUUGGCAGAGCAAAUCCUGGCGAAAUCAAGAGCGAGAUUGUAG